AUGGAUUCCAUUCAGAUGCCUCCACCACCUCACAGCCUGAUAUUAUAUGCCCCUCCUCGCUUCAACCGGUUCCAGAGCCUAGGUCUUGGCAUGAGUGGCAGCCCAAGCCUCCCAUCUUUGCCUGAAGGGCCCAAGCGAACGCCCACGCCUCGCGAAAUGUCCGAAGAAUCUGACGGACCUACUAGUGCGGACUGGAAUGAGCACUUUCACCCCCCUCAACCUCGUCCUCAACCUCUAUCCAUUCACUUGCCACGCUUCCCCGGAGAUGGGCUCGACUACCGGAGGCCGGUCAGACCCACGAAUAACUCAGAGGUCGUUGACUUGACUCGUGAAUCUGAAAGUCCUCCUCAAACUCGAUCAGUCGACCUCACUUUAUCCACGCCACCCCAAUCCCGGACAAGCUUGCGGUUUCCUCAGGAUAUACUUCAUGUUCCUCGGACGAAUGCGCAGCGGGAGGUGAUCGAUGUCGACGCUGAGCCCACCAGCGAUCCCGCAGAUGCCUCGUCGAGUAGCUCUGAUGUCCAGUUUGUCGGGGCUACCACCAGACCCAGGCCGCUCGAACCAAGGCCUUACAACGACAUCUGGUCUCACAUGAGUCGGAUAGCGGCAAGACCCGAGCUACCUCAGAGACGACCAACAAGAAACUGGUACAGUGGGAGUCGAUAUGCUGAUGGAGAAGAGUUCCAGUCCAUGUCUAUCGGGGACCUCCUGCCCGUGGGACUCGAUUAUGGGCUCACUGGCUUUUCAAUCACUCCUUCAUUCCCUGCUCCAACAUCUCAGGAAAGUUCCAGAGGAUCGUCCCAUUCCGAGGCAUACAAAUCACCAGAACCAGCUCCAGAGGGCUUCACUCGGACGCUAUCGGAUUAUGACGUGGCAAUUUGCCCUAACUGCCAUGAGGAGUUGGGUGUUGGGGAAGGGCCCAAAGGGCAGAUAUACGUAUCCAAGAAAUGCGGACAUGUUUACUGUGGCGAGUGUGCUGAGAAUCGGUCGAAGUCCAAGGCGAAAAAGUCGGGUUCUCAGACCAAGCCAUUCUCCAAGUGUCAGAUUGCAGGCUGCGAGACGUCUUUAAGCAGUCCAACUGCUUUGUUCCAUCUUUUUCUCUGA